UUAGUAUGGAAUGCAUAUUCCAGAUGUGUGUGGUCAUGAGUACCACUAUGCAUGCAUGCAUGCAUACAUGCGCGUAUGCGGCGUAGUAAUUCCUCAUCUUGUCAGAUGGCAAGUCUGCGAGGCCGUGUAAAAUACCGCGGCCAUCGCACGUCGAUGGCCAUUCAAGAAAAACAGGUUCUUUUUUUUUUUAGUCCGAGUUAUGUAUAGAUGUAUCUGUGCGCUAGGCCACG